GGCAGUAGCGCGGCGAACAAGAUGGCGGCGCUGGCAGGGCUCGGUUGCUUUAGGACGUUGAGAAGUUGCGGGCGAAGCAGCCCUACCUAUGCUCUCUGGCACCCGGUGAGAGCCCCAUCCCAGACCUCACAGAACAGUGCCUGGGUAUCAAGGGUAAGAGGUCGGCUGGUGGCAUCCUCUGCCCCUGGAGAGAGACAGAGUGAUUCAAAUGAUGGACAGAUCUACCUUAGUGAGAGCUGUGUGAAGAGGCUACAGGAGAUUACGGAAGGAUCUGAAUUUCUCAGGCUGCAGGUGGAAGGAGGCGGCUGUUCAGGUUUCCAGUACAAGUUUUCAUUGGAUACAGUUGUCAAUUCUGAUGACAGGGUUUUUGAACAAGGAAGUGCCCGAGUGGUUGUGGAUUUGGACAGCCUGAACUUUGUGAAAGGGGCAAUGGUGGACUUCAACCAGGAGUUAAUUCGCAGCACCUUCCAGGUGGUGAACAAUCCACAGGCUGAGCAAGGCUGCUCCUGUGGAUCAUCUUUCUCGGUUAAACUCUGAUUGAGCUCCUCCAA